GCCAAGCGGGAUUGUUCUGGGCCAUGCGCGUCCUCCCGAGGUGGCAGCGGGAAAGCUGCUAGUGGCGAGGGGGCGGCGUCACCAUGCGGUGACCCAUGUAAUCCCGCGACCCGGCACCACCCCCCUCUACACCAGCCAGGGCCGGGGAGCGAGGCGCUCAGCCCCACGGAGGAGAGGGCGGGACAGAGAUGCCCUGGGCCGCCUGCCAUGGUUCUCUCUCACCUGGGGCCCGCCGGGGCGCCGGGCGACCAGCCGCCUCUGCCCAGUCGACUCACGCUGCACCCGCUGGGCCAGGGGAGCUGCGCCGCGCCGGAGCCGCUGGCUCUGGGGGACCGGAGCCCGACGGCGCCCAUCUCCGCAAGCUGCGCGCACUACAGCCGGCACCCGAACGCAGCCCCAUGGGCCCAGGGCACCGGGCCACCUGCCCCCAGAGGCCGCUUCUCCCCCGGGGCCGCAGUCACCGGGCUACCUGCCCCCGGAAGCCGCUUCUCCCCCGCGGCCCGGCCCACGGCCGCCUCGGCCCCAGUGGAUCACAGCUGCACGCCGCCUCUCUCCGCCUGCUGGGCCACCUUCUCCAGGGACCAGAGCCUGACCCCGCCCUGGGACGGAGCCAGGCAGAGCUCCGGGCCGCCUGUGCCCAGAAGCUACGCGGUGUACUCCAUGGACGGGGGAACCGGCCCGGAUCCGCCCCUGCCCAAGACGUUCGCCGUGUCCUCCCUCGAGCGGACCCUGUUCUCUCACCUGGACCCCUCGGUGCAGCCGGGCCGUGGAGCCCCGUCCAUCCCCAUCAGCUGUGCCGUUUAUUCCAUGGAUAGCGCAUCGGCCAGCCCGGCCCCGCCUGCCGCCAGUCCCCCGCCGUUCCCGCCGCUGCUGCUGGCCGUGUACCCCGCCGGUCCGCACGGCCAAGCCCCGCGCCUGGAGCUGCUGGCGCAGAUCGACCGCAGCUGCACGCCCCCGCUCUCCGCCAGCUGUGCCGUGUACACGCGGUACUCGCCGCUCGACCCCUCCACCGGGCAGCUUGCACCGAGCCCGUAGCCCGGGCCAGCGACCGGCCAGGCCCUUCGGCUCCUGUGGCCCGGCCAUGGGGCACCCUGCAGCCUGCCCGCCUCCCCCCGCAGGCCCUUUCCUCCUGCAUCAGCCCCCGAAUAAAGCACAGGCUG